AUGUCAUAUUUGGCAUCGGAACUGUCGAAUCUUCUUCUGGGAUUUACCAAGGAUUCGAGCAAAACUGAUCAAAAUAAAUUGGUUAUAUCAAAAGAUUAUUCUCUCAAUUAUAACGAGACUAACCGUGAUAUAGCAGUUGACUCUGUAAGAUAUUCUAUAAUUAACAAUGGCAUAUACCAAACGUUUGAAAUAAUCAACGACCUCCCGAAUGACGCUAAGCAGAAUUUUAAGUUCGAAGCAUACGAUGGAAUACUCAAAAUGGUGAAUUUUGUGUUACUACCUUCUCCCUUUCCUCUAAAGUACUACGAGAAGUGCUGCAUCAGUUCUACCAUUUUAACUGAAGUUGUUGACGAGAUGUCAGUGAAUCUACAACUGUUGAACGAGUUGUUUAAACCUAUUUUGAAGUACGACAAAUUUGUAAGGGACUUGUUGAGUAUAUCUAACGAGGUGUACGGCCCAGGUGGUAGGAAUAUAACUGAGGAUCUGAGGACACACAUAUCUAGAUCGGACUAUUUUAUACAUGUUGAAAACCUGGAUAGGGAGUCGUAUGAACGAGAAUUCUGUAGAUACUGUCAAUACGACCACUGUCUAUGUCACUUUGGACGCACAGCUACCUCAGGCGACGAAAAACCAGAUUUCAAACUUGUGGAAAUUAAUUUGGGUGGCUGUUCACUAUCUCACUACUCUAAGACGGUGCAUAAAGUCCACAAUAAGGUCUUAACGACUUCUAUCAUUGAUUUACACGAGUCUGAUAAGGAGAAGACUGAUAAGCUUGUGUCAGAGAAGAAAACGUUGCACAUGAACAACGACCCAGACAGGUCAUUCACACUACCAAUAUCAGAGUCACACAAGGCGUACCUGAACAAAUACACCCCAAUCUUCGGUCAAAAAAGAGUGUGUGUGUUCCUGAUUCCUGACAUAAACUUUAUUAACUACAUUGACACUUAUUUCAUUUCCAGUGACGUUUUUGACAAGUACCGAAUUUUCGUCAAAACUGUACAGCUUGACUUGUUAAUAGAUUGGAUGAAACGCAAGAUGCUGUUUCUUGCCAGCGACUGGGAGUAUAACCCAGAUGGCACUGUUAGAUUUACAGAUUACAGCUGCUACGGCUCUAAACUAAAGCCAGGAAGACUAGUGUUAAAUUUAAUGGCAAAUCCAAAUUUUACGUCCGUAAACAAAUCAAACCUAUUUGAAGUGAGCACAGUUUAUUCCAGAGACUAUUACGACUCCAGUGAAAUGGUCAGUGACGAUGCUGUGAAUUUGAGAAAGCUGAUAGAAUUUUCUGAUGCGGUUAAAAUCCCAAAUUCUCUCCUACAAUUGGUCAAUUCUAAAAGGGCUCAAAUGUAUUUUAGCAACCCAAAGCAUAUAGAUGAGCUACUAUCCUCAUACAACAAAAGAGUCAAGGGUGUGAAGAGAAACAAAGGUUUAUCUGACCUGGUCAAAGGAACAUGGAUACUGCAAGUGGACCCAUCGUUGGAAAGCAGUGUGGAAGUAGUCAACGAUGCAAUCAAAAACCCACACAAAUAUGUUUUAAAAGCUAAUCGGGAAAUAGGAAAGGGGCUUUUAUUCAACGAAAAGUUGGCAUCUCGAUUAAAAGAAUGCUCAAAUAACAAGGAAGAACUAUCUCAGUAUGUUUUAAUGAAAAAAAUAUCAGUUCCUUCGCAACCAGGACUGUUCGUCAAACAUUUAAAAAAUGGGUCAUUUGAAGUGUUUGGCUACCAUUCGUUGACAGAACUGGGAAUAUACCACUAUGCUCUAUACGACGGCAACGAGUGUAAGGUCAACGAAGCAAACGGGUACCUCGCCAGAACUAAACCAGAGUUUGCAACUGGAGGAGGUCUGUCAGCAGGCUGCGGUUUCAUUAACAGCGUCUUAUUGUUUUGA